CCAAAGACUCACUAUAAAAGCCGAAGACGUAUUUUUUGUUUUUUUUGUGCUUUUUACUCUGCGACUAAGCAGGAAGAGAGAAAAAAAGGAGAAAAAUGGCGUCGUGGAAUUCGAUUCCGCUGAAAACCACUUACGAAAUUCUUGGUUGGAUCUCUUUCAUUUCAUGGUCCAUCAGUUUCUACCCUCAAGUCAUCUUUAAUUUCCGCCGCAAAAGCGUUGUAGGUUUGAACUUCGAUUUUGUAGUGCUUAAUUUGACGAAGCACUCCUCCUACUUAAUCUACAAUGUUUGUCUCUACUUUAGCUCCGCUGUUCAGAAACAGUACUUUAAGAAGUACGGCCAUGAUCAGAUGAUUCCUGUGGCUGCAAAUGAUGUGGCGUUCUCUCUACAUGCUGUUCUGUUGACGGCGAUCACCUUGUUACAAAUUGCUAUCUAUGAACGUGGAGCUCAAAAGGUCUCUAAGAUAUCUCUCACGAUUGUAUCUGCUGUGUGGUUAGCCGCUGCAGUUUGCUUCUUCGUUGCUCUGCCUAGCCAUAAAUGGCUUUGGCUUAUAAGCGUCUUUAAUGCGAUUCAAGUUGUUAUGACUCUCAUAAAGUAUAUUCCCCAGGCGGUGAUGAACUUUAGGCGAAAGAGUACAGAUGGAUUCAGCAUUGGGAAUAUUUUGCUUGAUUUUCUGGGAGGGUGCACAAAUUAUACUCAGAUGCUUGUGCAAUCUAUUGAUCAGCAUUCUUGGGUUAACUUCUAUGGCAAUAUAGGGAAGACACUGCUAUCUUUGAAAGAAGACAUCAAACAUUGACAUAAAGAGUUAGCAAAAUUAGUGGAGUAUUAAAAAUUUGAAGAAAAAGGUGUCCAUUUUCUUUGACCUUUUAUUCAUGUGUCAACACUAUUUGUUAUAUCCGGCUAAGAAAACAGUAAUAGCUAGCCCUCAAGAAGUAGUUUGAGUAAUAAAAAUAAGAGGUGUUAAAGCAAGAGAGCAUGAGUUCCAAACUCAUUGGCAACAUAUCAAAUAUAUCAAGAUCAAACUCUUUUUUAUCUUUGUGCAAUAGUUUUAGGUUCGGUUAUUGGACUUGAGAUUUUGUUUGUUUAAUAUGAUCGAUUCAACCUCAAAAGAAUAGUCUGAUUCAAGUAAGAGCAAUAAUAGCUUAUGUAUUCAAGAAAGAGGUUUCAGAGUCACUUCAUAAGUAUGAUAAUCGAAUUAUGUAUCGAAGAUUUAAUAUUAUGUA